AUGGAAGAAGCAAAUUUGAAAAAAAGUGAUUUUGCAAAGAAAAAAAGCAUCAGAAGGAGGUCUCAGUCUCACACAAGAAAAUCAGCUCAUCUGAUUAACAUGGCUGAAGCUAGAAGAGAUAUUGUGAAUGCUCUACAUCUUCACAGGCUAUCUUCUUCAUCAACUUCUGGAACUGCAGGGAACAGUACUUGGACUUCACAGAACUGUUAUCAGUUAAUGGAGUCUAUGCCAAUUCCUGAACCAACCUGGUCUACAACACCACCUGCAGUGAUGUGUGCUCCAGUUCCUUCAGUGGAAGUUCUUGAGUUUGGUUGGCCUGAAAAUAUGUCGUCUUCUUACACUUGGUGGAUAGGCCGAGGAUCAAGCGUGAAAUCUUUCGAGGAUUGCAAAAAAAUUCAUUCAAUCGGAUACUCGUGGACUCCUCUCCGAAUGAUUCGGGGUAAAUGGGGAGCCGGGGCGAGGGAGGAGCUGAGGCAAGAGUUGUUGCCCGAAGUGAAUACGGUUGUGGACAAGCAUUGGACUUUGUCGUUGGGCUUUCCCAGGUUCAAGCCCAGUCCAAUGCCAAUCAGUUGGACUGCAGGAAAAUCCAUCAAAAAAUUUACCAAAUAG